CACACCCGCCACCAGACCACGAGAGCUGUGCCAGCCAUAGAAGACGCCGGCAUUCCCAGUCUAAUCUUUUCAUCUCUCAUUGCAAACCCUGCUAUGACUACAGAGGUGAAACAGCUGGAUGAGCAUCCUCUAGUGAGACCCGGAUUGCCUAGAGCUGAAAGGAAGGAGAAUGGAACAGGCUACUCAGGGGGCCGCCCAGCAACGUCUUCCCAGGAAUCGGGGGAGGCGCACCUGGCUUAGCAUAUUCCCAGCCCACCUCCACUCCACCAAGGGACCUCCCUCCAGCCAGGGCCAGCAAGAGAAGGAAGUGCAGAAAGCCACCAGUCCAAAGACAGAGCCCCAGCCUGAGAAGAAGCCGGAGCAAGUUCCAAGGAGCCACGGGGAUGUUGGGUUCCAGAAAGAGCCUGUGGUCCCAGGCAUUGUGGAUUUCGAGCUGAUCCACGAGGACCUGAAGACCACAAAGCCCCCAACACUGCAACCAACACCCGGUGCCUACCGCUUUGGACGCCUCAGCCAUCAUUCCUUCUUCUCGAGGCAUCACCCGCAAGCACAGCGAGUGACUCAUAUCCAAGUUACAGGAAGAGGAGGACCUGGAGCACUCCCCGCCCCUCACCAGCCCCCUGGAGCUCCUUGGGUCCAGCCCACAGAUCUCACUCCCUCUGCAGAUAUCGCUGGCAAGCCCAUCUGCAUGGUCAGGGACGAGUUCUCUCUGGCGGCCUUGACUCAGCCCUCAUUCUUAACCCCCUGUGUGAUGGGGAUGCCUACCGUCUCUGUUCCCAUUGGGGAUCCACAGUCCAAUCGGAAGCCCCGGCUUUCUACUUCCGCCACCUGGAGGAAGAAUUUAAAGGACCUGGCCUCCCGAGUGACUUUCUUCACUAAGGAAAUCGCGUCAACAACCAAUGAGCAGAAGGACGAGCCUCCUAUGAAGGAUCCUUCUCCGAGAGAGCAGGGGGCCAAGUACUCAGCUGAGACUGGUAGGCUUAUCCCUGCUUACAGCCAUGCCCUCACCCGCCGAAAUCGCCAGGCCCAGCGGGGCCACACUUCUGGCAAAGGUGGAGGAGUCCAAGCCUCCAUUCUGCAGGACCAGGAACUGCUGGGCGGCCUCACCGCACCUGGAGUUAAGUUCUCAGGUCCCGUGGGGAGGGGGCCCAGGGCAGGAUUCCUAGGGCUCCACCUCCUACCUCCGGUACCCCCUCCACCCCUCCAUAGCUACAGACAACACCGGCAACCUGGCCUAGGAAGUCCCCCGAGCACAUCCAAGAAACAGACGGAACAUAUCCUGCCACUACUUGACCCGAGGCCACAGAAAAAGCCACCGGCAAAGAAAGCAGCUAGGGAUGGAGAUUCCCAGCUGCUCCACUGGAUGGAACCCCUCACUAAGCAUUUGGCAGAAACCACCCAAUCUGGCCAGCAGGCUGCCAACAGCGAGUCCCCUACCUCCUGGCAAACAUUUCCAGAUUCUUGGAGCUCCAGGGUGGGGAGGCCCUUGGGGUACCCCAAGUCACCACCCAAAACAUCCCAGCAUGCAGGACUCGAUCCUGGAGCUUCUUUGUCAGAUUCUACAAACAGAUUCUCUAAGGGCUAUCCAGUUCUGGCUGCUCUACGCUCCGCCAAAAGAAAAAGAUUUGGCUUUGGGGCUUCUGCAGACGGCCUUGGCUCAGCUCAUCCCCCAGCCUCUCCCCUCCAUCCCAGCAGAGAAGCUGUGGCACCAACUUCAAGAGCUUCAAGACCCUCCUCAAGAGAUACAACAGGCAACCUACAGUCCAUCCCUGAAGAAGACGAAAACACCACCAGUAUCCAAGACAGACAAACCAGAGUACAUGGGCAAAGCCCAAGUCCUCCUAGUACAUCCGAUCGAGAACCGAGAGGAGAAAAUGACCAAGCCCAAGGCCUAAAGCUGAGGAGCAUCGCUGAAAGCACGGAGACUUCUGAGUAGAUCAAAGGCAGUUAGUUAGCUUGGGGAGGGAGCACUGGCUCCUGUCCUGCUUCCUUGACUCCAGCCCCUGGCCGCCAAGAAUACUCUACUAAAUAAAAUACUGCCCUCCCUCCCUGGGUGAGGGCGGAUUUACCCUCCCUCA